AUGAUAUUUUUUGAUUUCAUUGUACUACAAUUUCCUGUUGUUAUUCUUUCCAUGAAAAAUCGUGAUGCCAUUAUUAACUUAUCAAAUAUCAAGCAAAAUAUCAUGAAGAAAUUAGAAAAUUCCGACAAAUUCACGAAUGAUAACGAGAGAUUUAUCAAAUCGAUAACUGAAAACGAUGCGAUUAUUAAUCCAAGCAAUGUUAAAUUACACGACGAUAGAAAUGAGAAGCUGUAUGACGACUAUGCUUUAACUAUGUCAUCUGAACCAGUUUAUAAGUUAUCACUGUUGACAAGCAAUAGAGAUAUCGAAACCAAACAUGAUAGAAAAGGUGAUAACGUUCGUAGAAAAUCGGAAGGGAAAACUGGCGAUAGUGAUUUAGAAGAAUUUCUUAUUCGACAGCGCAGAAUUAAAUUCUAUAAGGUAAUUCGUUACAUUCAAAGAAGAAAUCAAUCAACUAUAUCACUUGAAAUAAUCUCUAAAAUGUCCCCUAAUGGUCUUACAUUUGUCAUAAGCCAGUUGCAUAAUUUGAUUGAAGCUUCAGACCAUGCUCACAUCUAUGCAGUGGAAAAGUAA